AUGGAGACAACUGCCAACGUCGAAAUAUUGGUGCACGUCACAGCACCGUGCAGGACCGUCGACGAUGCGCGCUAUCGGGCCCUGGCACAGGCAUAUCUCGACUUCAACCCGGCAAGCCAGACCAAGAUCGUGAGGAGGCCUUCACCCAGUACCGCAGAAGAAGUUAUUCCGAGUUCACAGGCUGAGCUGCCGGCUUUGCCUGCUUGGUCUGAUGCACCACCGCCGAUUCCCAGCAGCGAUGCAACUCAGCCUGCCACCUCUUCACCGGUGCGGCCACCACCACCCCCGCCAAUAUCGUUUGGAUCCUUUGGGUCCUUUCGCUCGCAAGAACUGUCAUUCAGAAGCGUAUUGGACAACAGAAACUCCCCGGGCCUAGCCCGGCCACUUAUAUCCAGAGACAUAAUACCCUCUUCCCAACCAGAGGCAGAUCCGCAAAGGACCCAGGGUAGUUGGCAAGCCCCUCCGAGUACCAUCGGAGACUCCCAGCCUCUGAAUACCAUAAGUCUUAUAGAGUUCUCGUCUCCCAGUCGGCUGUUCGAGCACCUGGCUUGCCAGUUUGACAGCCAAGCCGCCGGGUUAUCACAGCAACAUUCGGGGAAUCAACAAGGGCCGACUCUCCCGGCAGAUUCAACACCAGUGCCAGACUCAGACUCGGGGGAGGAUGAGGAUGAUGGUCAGGUUGUCCUCGUGGCAUCGAGUUACUUGACCACAGCUGGCAAUGAAGCCACCCCGGGCCCUGCUUCUUCGGCAGAUAAUGUGGUGCUAAGAACACCGUUCCCUGCUUUUAAGCGGCCACUUCUACCCAGCUCGUCGUUCGAGCAGGUCAUACAAGAUACGCCAUGCCAGCCCUUGAAGAAGAGAACACUACCUUCGUCGCCAACCCGAGGCGGUUCUGAGCCUCCUCUUACGUCAAAACGGCACAGAAGAUCUGCGCCCAUCUCUGAGUCGAGGUCGGUCAUUACCAAAAGCUCCUCAGAUGUCGGAACGGUUCCUAGCGACCUCUACCGCCCCAUACGCCCUCCAAAUGAGCGGCAUCUAAACUACCUCGAACGCCUCGAAAUCCAUCCUGUCGGUCCUCCCGUCGGAACCACAGACUUGACGCCCGACGAUCUCCUGACGCCCAAACUUCGGGAACUAGCCCGUCAGCUCAACAUCUCAAAGCGCUACGCACCCGUCGAGCAGAAACGGGAACUCCGCCCCUUCGAGCGAGGCUACUGGCAGCUUGACUGGAGAGGCUGGCGGCCCACGCUGCGCGAGCGCGCGUGGCACUUCCUCACGGACUACAUCCUCGAGGGGUUCGCCGGCUGGGGCGUCUGGUGCAAGCGCGCCGAGGACUGGACCUGGCUGCGGGUCUACUGCUGGGGCCACAUCGCGGGCCACGUCUACCUGGCCCUGUACUUGGCGAGCGAGAGGGCGCUGAAGAAGGACGCGGCGAGGUGGGUGGACGGUGCCGGCGACGUCGUGGUCAUUACCCACGGGCAUGAGAAUUCCGAGUCCGGGGACAGCAUGGAUGACGGCCCGGAUGACGGGACGUGA